AUGGGGCUCCUCCUCGGCCGGGGUAGCUUCGCCAAGGUCUUCGCCGCCUACUCAAUCACUGACGGUGACAAUCCGGUGGUGAUCAAGAUAAUCGACAACACCAAGACUGAUUCCAUCAUGGAAACCAAAAUCAUCUGCGAGAUCAAGGCGAUGCGCCGCCUCCAGCACCACCCAAACGUCCUCCGAAUCCUCGAGGUCAUGGCCACGAAAACCAAGAUCUUCAUCGUGAUGGAGCUCGUCAUCGGCGGCGACCUGUUCUUCAAGGUCGUCCAGCGCGGCCGGAUGAAGAAAUUCGGCGCCCGCCGAUACUUCCCGUAG